CACAUCCCGAGCGGUCGCGCGUAUCCCUCCUCCUCCACCACCGCCGCCGCCGCAGUUCUAAUAAAGCCCCGGGUGCCGAGAAAAGCCGAGUGAAAGCCCGACACCGGAUACUCACGCAGCGGAAUAAGCCCUUCCCCCACUACGUCGGCCUCCCCCCACUCUCUCUGCUUCCGGGCUCGCAGUAGUUUCUUGUCGCUGCCAGGGGGGCGCUGCGGCCUGAGCGGCAGGAUCGGGACAGCCCGGCUCGGAUGGACUACUUUAUCUCCGGGCAAUGAAGAUGGCGGCCGGGCGCUGAGCGCGGCGGGUACUAGGCCGCAGUGGGAGUAACCGGAGAACGAAGGGACGGAUCGGAGCAGCGCCGGGCCGGCACAGCCGGGGGAUGGAGUGACGGAGGCCGGAGCCUCAGCCCCGGGGUGUCCUGAUCCCCCCUCCCCUAAAUCCCGGGCACUGUAUCGGGCGACGGGGUGAGAUGCUGCCCCGCUGGGGGUCCUGCCAGCCCCGGCCCCAGUAAAGGUCUUCCUGCAAGGGAAGGUCAGAAUUCUUGGACCGGGAUGGAUGAUCAGAAGCCAUCCAGCAAGGACAAAGAAUCUGAAGCAUCAGCUGAUGAAAAUGUGUCUGAUGGGGCCUGUGAAGCUGAAGGGGAGGAGGCUAGCAAACCAGUGCAGACAGACCCAGACAACAAGGAUGGUGGUAUUUCUGACCCACUGUGCAGCAGUGCAUCCAAGACAAGGCGCUGUGCUCUUUGCAACUGUGGAGAGAGAAGUACUCAAGGACAGGGUGAACUCUUGCGUUUUGAUCCUACCCCAGGCCACCUGGAGCUGAUUCCUGACGAUUGUCAGGCCCAAGCAAUUGACACACAACAACCUGAUCCUUUUGUAAUUGGGUUUGAUGAGAGUGUAUCCCCAGAAGACCUCUUUGAGUCAACAGGACAUUGUUGGGCUCAUCAAAUGUGUGCAUCAUGGUCAACAGGAGUACAAAACGUGGAAGGAGUUGGAUUAACUAAUGUGGAUAUAGCUGUAUUCUCAGGGAUAUCACAGAAAUGUGAACACUGUAAUCGGAUGGGUGCUACUAUUCAGUGCCACUCGACAGGGUGUCUCCGCCGAUAUCAUUUCCCCUGCGCUGCUGCGAGUGGGUCCUUCCAGUCUAUGAAGACCUUAAAACUGCUGUGCACAGAUCAUAUUAGUGAAGCUGUUGCAUUAGAUGACUCUCGAUGUGUGCUUUGUGAGAAGCCAGGUGACCUCACAGAUCUUCUGUACUGCACUAGUUGUGGUCUACACUAUCAUGGCUCAUGCCUAGAAAUCACGGUUACACCAUUAAAACGCUCAGGCUGGCAGUGCCCUGAGUGUAAAGUGUGCCAAACAUGCAGGCACCCUGGUGAGGACUCUAUGAUGCUAGUGUGUGAUGCCUGUGAUAAGGGAUAUCACACAUUUUGUCUGAAGCCAGCUAUUGAAAGUCUACCCUCUGACUCAUGGAAGUGCAAGAAUUGCCGACGUUGUCGAAUCUGUGGCUCUCGAACAACACAGUUGGGGCUUGGCUGCCAGUGGUAUGAGAACUACACUGUAUGUGAGAAAUGCCAAGAGCAGCGGGGUCAAGCAAUUAACUGCUCUCAAUGUAAUCAGUCUGGAGCUCCAGAGACCAUGCACCGGUGUCCAAAAUGUGCAAAACUACAUCAUGCGCAUUGUGCAAAAGCUUCAGAUUUCACAGCAUCCAGUGAAGGAUGCCCCUUGUGCAGCAAGCUUCAGCCACUCAUACAUGAGACAGACCAGCAAGUCGACAGGAAGGAGAUUCCAAACACAGCACUGUCAGAAUGUGAAGCCAAACCACUAGGGAUGCCUGACUCUGAUAUGGAUCAUCAGCAAGACAAAGUGCAGACAGAAAUGUCCAGCUUGGCAGAAACUCCUUCAGAUAGUUUGUUGUUGGAAAAACUUUUGACGACAGAAGAAGAUACACCUCCCUCCUCAGACAAUGAGGCUGCUGAAGCUCUUCCUAUGUCCCCAAUAUUGCCAAUAGAAACUAGAAGCCCACCUCCACUGGUGGCAGAACUUUCACCUCAAGAGCGGAUUUCUGAUACAUUUCCCAUGCUUGAUGAAGCUCCUGUCCUUGUUACUGUGGAAGAUGAAGACAUGGAUGUGGAAGAUGGAGAGAUUAAUACAAUUCAAGAGUUAAUUAAAAGUGUUGAGUCUGUGACUGCACAUUGUCCUGCCCGCAAAGCAUCUUUUGUCCCUUCAGCUUCUGACAGUUCACAAAUAAGUGCAACUGUGAGAGAAGAUAGGACUCCUACAGAUAAACCAUACAUAGAUGAAAAAACUUGCAAAAGUCCCAUUAAAAUAAAGGAAGAACCACCAGACAGCGGUUAUCAGCAAUCCUCUCUUUCUGACUCAGAAAUGGUUCUAGACUCUGAAGAUCGUCCCAGUCAAGCCAUGACAGAUAUGUUAAGUACAGACAAUACAUUAAGCCAAGACCUUGCAGAUUUCUCUUCUCACAAGGAACAUGUACCCAUUAGGUGCACAUUCAUUAAAUCAGAAAUUGUAAAUGAGAUCUCUAAUCUGAGCCAGGGGGAUACAACUGGUAGCUUUCAUGGUUCGGAUACAAUAGGUUCGCCUGACCCUGAAGGUGGGUCCCUCUCAAUGGAAAUGUGCUUGAACAAGGAAGAUGGAUCCUUGCGACUAUGCACGGACUCUAUGGUAGAGACGGAUGAUUCCUUAUUAUAUGAUCCCACUGGUGGAAAAUCUGAUAUGGACAAGUCACGUAGGAAAGGCUCUCCUGGACGCUCUAGGGUCAAACAUGGUCGAAGCAGCAGCUUUCCUGGAAGGCGACGGCCUCGUGGAGGUAGUGGUGCAGGCACGAGCCGAGGUAGAGGAAGGUCAAGACUAAAAUCCACAACAUCUUCUAUUGAAACCCUUCCGAUGGCUGAUAUUGAAAGCUCUCCCAGUAAAGAGGAGGAGGAAGAGGAAGAUGACACCAUGCAAAAUACAGUUGUACUUUUUUCCAACACAGACAAGUUUGUGCUCAUGCAGGACAUGUGUGUGGUUUGUGGCAGCUUUGGUCGUGGCUCAGAGGGUCAUCUAUUGGCGUGUUCCCAGUGUUCCCAAUGCUAUCACCCAUAUUGUGUGAACAGCAAGAUUACCAAGGUGAUGCUCCUGAAAGGCUGGCGUUGUGUGGAAUGCAUAGUUUGUGAGGUGUGUGGGAAAGCCACAGACCCCUCUCGUUUACUGUUAUGUGAUGACUGUGACAUCAGUUACCACACAUACUGUCUAGACCCUCCUCUGCAUACCGUGCCCAAAGGUGGCUGGAAAUGCAAAUGGUGUGUGUGCUGCAUGCAGUGCGGAGCUCUGAGUCCAGGGUUUCAUGCAGAGUGGCAGAAUAAUUAUACCCAUUGUGCACCUUGUGCCAGUCUGGUAAGCUGCCCAAUAUGCCACCUGAAAUACAUGGAAGGCGACCUUCUCAUACAAUGUCAGAACUGUGAGAGAUGGCUUCAUGCUGUAUGUGAAAACUUAUUCACAGAAGAGGAGGUUGAACAAGCUGCAGAUGAAGGUUUUGAUUGCGCGUCUUGCCAACCCUACAUUGUAAAACCAGUGGUUCCAGUUAUCCUUCCUGAGAGUCCAAUAAAGAUUAAAGAACCAGAACCUCAAUACUUUCCGUUUGAUGGAGUUUGGCUGACAGAGGCAGGAAUGGCAGUGCUGCGCAGUCUUACUCUGUCGCCCAUUCAGAAGAAAAAACCUCGUCGUUCACGAUUGUGUACUGGUGGAGAAAUCUUUUUGGAUGGUCCGGAGCAUGCUGGCUUAGAAGAAAGGAAGGAAAUGGAGGGCGACUGUGAGGAACCUAAGGCAGAUGGAUGUAAUAUUGAGUCUAUGGAGUGUGAGAUUAAGACAGAACCUCUUGGAAGCCCUGAAAGAGAGGUUGGAGGGGAAAUUGAGGCAGGGAAAGGGAUUGAGGAUGCAGAAGAUGUGAAGAAAAAGAAAAGAAAACCUUACAGGCCAGGUAUUGGUGGCUUUAUGAUAAGACAGCGAAAAACACAUACACGCUCAAAGAAAGGAAAUGCAGCAUUUUUGGAAGCAUGUCGAGAGAGCCAGAAUCAAGAUAUUCACGUAGAUGAUGCAGCUCCAUCUGAAAAUCCCACAGAGGCAGGUGUGGAUGCAGGCGCUACAGAGGCAGAUGAGAAAAAGAAACGAAGAGGCAGAAAAAAGAGCAAACUUGAGGAUAUGUUCCCAACAUAUCUGCAGGAAGCAUUUUUUGGGAAGGAUUUGUUGGAUCUCACAAAGCAAGCUCUUCUAGCUGCACGGCCGUUGGCCCAGAAAGCAAAGGCUGUGCCGUGUGCACCUUGCCCAUCAAUAAGUGCUGCUGUAACCACCAACCAAACAUCAGUGCAAGCCACAGAAGAGACCGCUGCUACGCCUGCUUCAGCUGCGCCACAUGAAGAAUCCGAUGGCAAUGAAACGAAAACUGAAAAUCCAGAGAUGCCUAAAAUGGAGAGUACCGACAUACAGCAACUUCUGAAGGAUGUUCUAGGACCCCCAGAUAGUGAGCAGACUGUUAACAGUUCUGCGGGAAGGACUGAGGGGCCAUCUAUUCCUGCAGCUGUUAACCAGCCUCAGCAGCAAAGACCUUUCCUUCAAGGUGUGUCAAUGGCUGCUCCUCUUCACCUUGAUUCCUUUUCCCAGCCAGGAUUCAUAGAGAACAGAGACCGGACUGGAUUAUUCAGUCCAGAGCAUUGUGACACUGACAGCUCCUGGACGACCGCUUCUACGCCCACUACACCAACAGAAGGGGAAUCAGAAGGUCUGUCCUACAAUCAGCGUAGCCUACAACGUUGGGAGAAAGAUGAAGAGUUAGGGGAGCUUUCUACAAUAUCACCCGUCCUCUAUGCUAAUAAAAACUUCCCAAACCUCAAGCUGGAAUACCCAGAUUGGUCCAACCGGUGCAAGCAAAUCAUGAAGUUAUGGAGAAAAGUCCCAGCCCCAGACAAAGCUCCAUAUUUACAAAAAGCCAAAGACAACCGUGCAGCACAUCGUAUUAAUAAAGUUCAGAAGCAGGCAGAAAGUCAAAUCAACAAGCAGUCCAAAGUUGAGGCUGUGCGGAAAGCAGAACGUCCAGUUCUUCAGCUUCAGAUUCCGGGACCGUCAGGCUCUCAUCAUGUUGGCCCUCCUGAUUUUAGAGCUGGUGUUCCUUCAGGACAGGAACUCUUUAUGUCUAGUGGCUCUGGGAUGUCUUCUUCCUCUGACAUGUUUCUUAAACCCACAUCAGCUGGCACUCCGGGAGCAGAAUCUCCCAGUGACAUUUUCUUCAAACUCCCUCCCCAAUCUCCAUCUCAGGAGCCUUUCUCCAACUCUCCUGCUUAUUCUUUAGAUGCCAGAUAUACGUCUUCCUUGGGACAGUCUCCAGCUUCUAGUGGUAGCUUCCAGACUAUUUCUGGAUCAGAGAACCAACCUGCACGGAAUGCACAGCAUUCAGCUCAAACUGUUGAUUACCAGUCAUGUCAUCCAGCUACCCCACAUCAUCAGCCACUCACCCCAGAACCUUUUAUGAAACCACGCUAUCCUACUGGCUCUAUUGAUAACCUUUCAUUGGUUGGAAGUCCAGGCCCAAGGUUGUGCCAAUCUGAGAGUGCAAGUUCUAGCAAACCUGCUGAGCCCAUGCUAUCACCUUCACGUUAUGGGGAUCACAAGAGACAAUCAGAUGGCAUUCUCCUUCAAAUCAAGAAGGAAGAUGUUGGACUUGGUUCACCAGGCUUUCCACACAGCGUUGGGUCAUCUGAUGGGACAGAGACUAAAUGUGAUGUAUUCAAAGCACCUUUAACCCCCAGGAUGUCCCAGAUAGAGCCCCACAGUCCCGCACCCUUGCACAGAGAUUCUCAUAUGCAGGCACAAGUGACAUCACCUCAACACCAUUCAGACAUUUACAGGCCACCAUCUGCUGCCCCUUUCACAGACCCCUAUUCCCAGCCACCUCUAACUCCACGUCCUCAGUCAGUUGAAGGAAGCUGCAAUUUGACUCCCCGAUCUGUGACAUCGGAUCCCUUCACUCGUGUUCCCACAAGCCCCCAGUCACAGGCCAGCUCACAGUCUCCACUAACACCUAGGCCAUUGUCUGCUGAGGCAUUUUGCCAGUCCCCAGUCACUCCACGAUUUCAGUCUCCAGAUCCAUACUCCCGUCCACCUUCUCGCCCUCACUCACGGGAUCCUUUUGCCCCACCUCAUAAGCCUCCUCGUGCCCAGGUGUCAGAACAAGGCUUUAAACCUGCUGCCCAACUUUCGAACACCUCUCCUGCCAGUUCAAGUUAUCAGCCGCCACUUGAAAACCACCCCAAAAUUCAAGUGAACCAACAGCAGAAUUCCAUAUUUGCUCGGUCUCCUGGUGCCAGUGUAUAUCCAAACUCCCAAAGCCAACUAUGUUUCACUUUCCCUCAAUCCCCUGAUAGUGUAAAGAGUUCUCCCUCUCACCAAGCCAGCUUCCCUCCCUCCCAUUCUGUGAACAGUCAUUUCACCUCUGGCAAACCACAAAGUUAUACAUCUCCUGGCAGCAACCCUUCUUCUUUCCAUCAGUCUGGAAGCCCACAUUCGACCGGAAAUAGUAGCACUCCUGAUGUGUAUGCACAGUCUCCAAUGCGACCUCCAUCUGUACUGCCUCAAGAAGCACCCUUCCAACCUCCUACUGGCCAGAGGCCAGGCCUGAACUCUCCUGCAGAAAAGCAAAGGGAUGAUAUGGCUGGGGUUCCCAAUGCCCUAGGCACCCCAGUUCGAGAAGUUCCGGAGUUGCAAGGCACACCUGAAACUGCGCUAAGUAACUUGAGUCAGACUGAGCUAGAGAAACAAAGACAGCGUCAGAGACUUCGUGAACUGCUCAUCAGACAGCAGAUACAGAGGAACACUUUAAGGCAGGAAAAAGAGGCAGCUGCUGCUGCACUGAGUUCAUCACAUGCAGGGUGGAAUGCAGAUUCUAGUGGACAAGGCUACGAUCCUACUGGACGCAUUAUGAUGUACCCUCCCACACCGGAGAAAACAAAUAUUGGAACAAUUCCUGCCUCCACCAAUACAGCUGCUGGUAAGGUUACUGGACAAAGUGUAACCCCUUCGUCUUUCCCUCAGGAAGACCGGGUGAACACACCUCUUCCUACGCCGUCUCCUGGAGCUGUGGACAUUCCUGGAAGACACUCCACCGAAGGGUCUCAACCGUUUUAUUCAAGGGCAUCGUUUCCUGAUCAGCAACAGGUCUGGCAACCUCCUGUAGCACCACACAGGACUUUAACACCUAAUCGCUUCCAGGAGGUGAACCGACAGUCAUUAACAUCAGUUAAUAGUGGUGGAAUGAUGCGAUUACCUUUUCCUGCAGAUCAGGUCACAACUUCAGUUACAGUGGGAGGCGCACCAUAUAUUGAAUUGCGCCACCAUGGACAAAAACUACCUUUGGGGGCUGCGUUUUCUACUCCUGGUUCUCAAAGUCGACCUCGCUUCUAUUUACCAGGUGAUAUAGGCAACACUUCUCUUCUUACGGGAGUUAUGAGAGGUGAUGUUAAUCCCUUACAAGUUCCAGUUAUGAGAAGUCAACUUUUGCAGACCCCAAAAAUUUCACCUUCUACUUCCCUUCAAGCAGGAAACAUGGUAAGUGUCCUGCAGACCACUCAAACCAAAGUUUCCAAUGUCACUGGAAUGCCACAACAGCAAGAACCUGCCACACAUCCUUCAACACAAAACACAGCUCAAGCAGAAGGCUCAAAGGAAACAUCUGCACCUGUACUGGAGCGUGGACGAGUUUCUUGUGAUGAUCCCUCGGAACUGGAUGUUGAUUUUGUCACUCAUAAAGACUUGGAGGACGAUGACUUGGCAAAUUUGAGUCUUGAUGUGGCUAAAGCAGACGAUGAUUUAGGCAAUCUAGAUAACCUGGAGACAAAUGAUCCCCACUUAGAUGAUCUCUUAAAUGGGGAUGAGUUUGACCUAUUAGCAUAUACUGAUCCCGAGUUGGAUACAGGGGAUAAAAAGGACAUUUUCAAUGAGCAUUUGCGACUGGUUGAGUCUGCCAAUGAAAAAGCAGAAGAGGAAGCAAUGCUGAAGAUGGACCCUGAUGUUGGUGCUGAUGAUGACGCAAAAACAGACUGCCCUCCUAAAAAAUUGCAAAAGGAGUCCCCAGCUAGUGCAAAUAUGGAGAUUACCAAAGAGAAACUAGUAGGUGAGUUGGGUUUGGGCACUCACUCUUUCAGUGCAGCUGAGAAAGCACCCCUAAUUAAUCAUGCAAUGGAAACAAAGCACUCUCCCUUUUCAGGUGAUUUAAAACCAAAGCUAGAAGACGGAGGCCUAAAGACAAGCACCUGCCAGUUUUCCUCUAGCAAUUCAAUAUCUAUUAAAACUGAAAAAUCUUUGCUUGGAGCUAGCAUGCUAAAGACUGGAACUGGCCAUCAGGUUCUUGGUGCAAAUUCUGCCCAUGCAUCACAUUUGAGGGGAUCCCUGUUUCAGAGUAAGGAAUCUAGUAUAACUUCUGUAAUUACCCAUCAGGGUGGCCUAAUGCUUGGAAAGUUUGAGUUGGAUGAAGGAACUCUGGCUCUACAAGGCCCUCGCCAUUCACCCAGUGAUGAUUUGGAUAAGAUGGAAAGUUCACUUGUAGCUAGUGAGCUGCCACUACUUAUAGAAGAUCUUUUAGAACAUGAAAAAAAUGAACAGCAGAAAAAACAGCUGAUGUCAGGACAGCACUCAGAGGGUGUACAGCAGCAUCCAAUGAUAACUCAUUCUUCAAUGUCAACUCAGCAGCAGGGAGCCCACAUUCAACAGCCUCCAGAUAGCCAACAAGCUGGGCUUGUGGGGCUUGGACUAGUAUCUAGGCACCAAGGAUUGAGUUCCACGGCCCAGCUCCUAACACCACAGCAAGAGAUGCAGCAAAGGCUUCUUGGAGCACAAGCAAGCUCUGCCCUAGAUGCAACCCUUGGUGUAGCUCCAGGUCACUUGAUAAGCGGUCAGAACAUGGUACCGAAUGCUGGUCCUUCACAACAGGUUCUCCCUGCUAAAUCGGCAAUAGGGCAGCAGAUUGGAAUUAAACCACAAUCACUAGUUGUGCAGCAGCAGCCAUUGCCAAGCAGCCUUUUCCCGGAUACAGAUCUUGAUAAAUUUGCACCUGAUGAUAUCUUGGAUCCCAUUGCUAAGGCCAAGAUGGUUGCUCUGAAGGGGAUAAAGAAGGUGAUGGCUCAAGGUACUAUUGGAGUCACGCCUGGCAUUAACAGACAACAGGUAUCUCUUCUUGCUCAAAGGCUAGGAGUUCCAGGAGUAACAGAGCCCAGCAGUCAGACACCCUCUGGUGCUGCCCAGGAGAGGAGCAGCAUUGACCCAACGCAGCCCCGCCCAAACCCUCCUCCAUUUGUUCAGGGAGGAAUCAAUGAUGCAGAUCAACGUCAGUAUGAAGAGUGGCUAUUUCAUACACAGCAACUCCUGCAGAUGCAGCUUAAGGUGCUUGAAGAACAGAUUGGGGUGCACAGGAAGUCCAGGAAAGCUCUGUGCGCUAAGCAGAGGACAGCAAAGAAGGCAGGCCGUGAAUUCCCUGAGGCUGACGCAGAGAAGCUGAAACUAGUCACAGAACAACAAAGCAAAAUCCAGAAACAGUUGGACCAGGUCCGUAAGCAGCAAAAGGAACAUACAAACCUUAUGACGGAGUACCGUAAUAAACAGCAGCAGCAAACUUGUGGAGUUUUACCUGUCAGUCCAAACCAGAACUCACGUGUUCUCACUAAAGCUCCUGGCCAGAUCCUUGCUGGGCACAGUAUGCAGCAAACUGGACCCAUACAGCACAACCAAUUAAUUGCCCAGCCAGGUAACAUAAGAGGUCUUCAGCCAGGGGCACCCAUGCAAACACAACAAGGUGUAUCAUACACCAAGUCAAUUCAACAGCAAACUCAAGUGAGCAACCCUGCAAUUCCUGGGACCUCGAGUGGCUUUUAUCCAACUGCAGCUGCUCUCCAUGGUCUCACACCAGAUCAAAGGAUGAUUCAAGAAAGACAGCUCCAACAACAACGGUUGCAGCUAGCUCAAAAGCUUCAACAGCAGGGAUUUCAAAGCAAUAUUCCUCAAACGAUGUUGGCCAAGCAGCAUGGGCUCAUUGCAAACUCACAAGGCUUGGUUGUACAGCAGGGCUCACCUCAACCACAACAAAUUGCUGGUCAUCCAUCAGGAGCUGUAUUACAGCAUCAUUCUAAUCAGCAAAGACAACUUUUAAUUUCUCAACAACAGAGGGUGCUUGGAUCAUCACCAGUGGCUCAAACUCAAAAUAUCAUGGGACAAAGGUUACUUUUAUCACAGACGCAGCAAAAUGUUAUCGGUCUUUCUCACAUGCAGCAGCAAGCUGGGUUAGGUCAGUCAGCAACAGCUUUGCCUCAGCAAUCCCUUGUUGGGCAAAUGACCCAAGGUGUGUCUGCUCCCCAACCAAACAUUCAUACUCAGCAAGGUCCAAUCUUGAGUGAUUCAAAUAUGACGGAACGUUCACUGCUUCAAGAUGGUGCAGAAAGUCAAGUGCAACAAAAUGUUCUGCAACAAACAACUUGCAGUCCAGGUAGUCAAGAGUCUUCAGAUCAGUCAUCUCAAGAGCAAGUUAAUCACAUUUCUGCUGCCUCACUCACCCUAGAGCCAGAUCCGCAACCUGCAGGAUCUGUGGAUGAUACUUUGCAACAAAACCAACCUCCGGAUCAACCACAAACUCAGUUUGGCUUAUCUAGUCCAAUGCAAUCAGUAAGGCAGCAACAUAAUGUUCUUUCAACCCAACAGCAAAGUGUGCAAAUGCUUGGCACACCAGUGAGGCCAGAGUCUGUCUCAAACACUCCUCAGCAUCAUCUUACUCAGGAGACCUUACAUCAUCCUCUCGCUGUGUCUCAAAGUAUGACUGGAGAUCAGCAAACAAGCAUAGUGCAAACGCAGCAGAUUGGGAGUCAUGGUCAAGUGUCUAUACAAGGAAAUGAACAAGACAAAAAUGUUGUUGGCCAACUGCCACAUCCAGUGGGGCAACAGAGACCAGUUUUGAAUGUUCAACAAUCACAAAAUAUUGUUAAUUUCAUGGGACAAAACACUCCACUCAUGGCUCAAAUUAGAGCUCAGCUGCAGGGAAUCAUUGCAAAGAAUCCACACUUGCGACAUUUGACCCCACAACAGCAACAGCAAUUACAGACUAUUCUCAUUCAGAGGCACCAGCAAGCUCAGAACCAAGCUUUGAGACAAGCUUCUUAUCAAGAGUCAACUAUACAGUCUGCUACUUCAAAUGCCUCUGUGACAAAUGGGACAUCUGGAAGUCAAACAUCCACCAGAGGGGUUUUCCAAGUUCAGCAAACUGGGUCAGUUGCUACAGAUCCGUCUCAGUCAAGUUAUUCUGAAGAAACCUCUCAAAUUAAUGUACAGAAAGUACAAGAAAAUAUAGGAACACCACAAGCACCAGAUCCUGGUCAAAAUUCAAUGCUGAAAUCUCCAGGAAUGACAAGAUAUUGUCCCACUCUAUCUCAGGAAAGUGUACCUGGUCAACAUCCUCAAAGCACUGCAAAUUUAAGACAGGUCCCACAACAACCUCCCCCACAGUACAGAAUGCCACAGGCUCAGUCACAGCAAGUAGUUUCAGGUCAUCAACCAUCCCAACAGUAUCAAAUACAACAGCAGGGACAACAAGUGCAACCACAUUCACAACAAUUGCAGCAGUUACAGCAAACCCAGCAUGUACAACCACUUCAAAUGCAGCAAGUUCAGCAAACACAGAUGCAGUCCGUACAACCGCAGCAACAACAAACACAACCAUUACAGCCGCAUCAAAUUCAGCAGGUACAGCAAAUGCAACAGCAAACACAACCUCAACAGCCACCACAGCUUCAACUUCAGCAGUCUCAACAAACACAUCAGAUGCAGCAGUUGCAACAAACACCGCAGCAAGUUCAACAACAUCAGAUGCAACAGUUACAGCAAACACCGCAGCAAGUUCAACAACUUCAGAUGCUGCAGCAAACACAACAACAUCAAAUACUGCAGCAAACCCAAAUGCAACAACUACAGCUAGCACAGCAACACAUGCCACAAACUCAGCAGCAUCAAUUGCAGCAACAGUUACCCCAAACUCAGCAGCAAAUUCAACCUCCGCAGCAAACACAGCAGAUACUACAGCAAGCACAACAGCAACAGCAAUUAAUACAGCAAGCUUUGCAACAGCAGCAAAUACUACAGCAAGCUCAGCAACAGGUUCAGCAGCAGCAGAUCUUGCAGCAAACUCAGCAACAGGUUCAGCAGCAGCAGGUCCUGCAGCAAGCUCAGCAACAGGUUCAGCAGCAGCAGGUCCUGCAGCAAGCUCAGCAACAGGUUCAGCAGCAGCAGGUCCUGCAGCAAGCUCAGCAACAGGUUCAGCAGCAGCAGGUCCUGCAGCAAGCCCAGCAACAGGUUCAGCAGCAGCAGAUCUUGCAGCAAGCCCAGCAACAGGUUCAGCAGCAGCAGAUCUUGCAGCAAGCUCAGCAACAGGUCCAGCAGCAGCAGGUCCUGCAGCAAGCUCAGCAACAGGUCCAGCAGCAGCAGGUCCUGCAGCAAGCUCAGCAACAGGUCCAGCAGCAGCAGGUCCUGCAGCAAGCUCAGCAACAGGUCCAGCAGCAAGCUCAGCAGCAGGUCCAGCAGCAGCAGGUCCUGCAGCAAGCUCAGCAGCAGGUGCAGCAGCAGCAGGUCCUGCAGCAAGCUCAGCAGCAGGUGCAGCAGCAGCAGAUCCUGCAGCAAGCUCAGCAGCAUGUCCUUCAACAACCACAGCAGCAAGUUCAACAGCAGCAACAUAUCCUGCAACAGCAGCAAAUAUUACAUCAGCAUGUACUGCUUCAGUCACAGCAGUCUCAACAGAUGGGGCAACAGAUUUCUCUACAGUCGCAGCAAGGCAAACCGAUAUCACUACAGUCACAGUCGCAAGUCCAACAGCAGCUGAUGUCGCAACAGUCACAGCAGCAGGGACAACAAAUUUCACUACAGCCACAGCAGCAAGGUCAACAAAUAUCACUAGAAUCACCACAACAGACACAGCAGCAAGCGCAACAGAUAUCGCUACAGUCACAACAGCAAAAGCAACAGAUGUCACAGCAGCAACUACAGCAGCAAGUGCAACAACAACAGUCUCAACAAGUGCAACAGCAGCAGGUUCAACAGAUGCCGCAACAAACACAGCAGCAAGCCCAGCAGUUACUUCAGCAAUCGCAGCAGCAAAAGAUACUGCAGCAAGUGCAACAGCAGCAUAUACUGCAGCAACAAGUACAUCAUCAUCAGUUACAACAAAAACAGCAGCAGUUGCAUCAGACCCAACAGCAGCUACAACAAACACAACAAAUGCAACAGCAGAUCCUUCAACAAACACAGGUACAGCAGCAGAUGCAAUUGCAGCAAAUGCGGGUCCAGCAGCUAGAAAAUGUACAGCAGCAGGAAAUGAAUAGCUCACCAUCUCUUCAUCAGUUACCACAGACAACUGAGCCAGUACAGCAGCAAGUUGGUCAAACACUACAAAGUGACCAAAUGCAAGACCUGAACCAAUUACAAGAACAGAAGCAAGCUGAGCAAAUAUUGAACAUGGAGCAAAUUCAAAAUCCAGAGCAGCAAACACAACCUUCUCAGAUGCAUCAGGUGCAGCAACAGUCAUUGCAAGUACAUCAAAUUGCGCAGAUGAAAUCUCAACAACAUUUGCAACAAAUGCAUUCACAGCAAACUCAGCAGUCCUCCCUUUUGCAGCAAGGUUCACAGGCUCAGUCUGUGCAGCAAGGCUUACAGAAGCCUGUUCAGCCACAACAGAUUCAACAAAUGUACCAAAUACAAUCACUGCAGAAACAAAUGCAAACUAAACCAUCACAGACAUUACAGCAAUUACAACAGCACAUUCAGCAGCCUCCACAGUUGCAGCAUCAAAGCAAAACACAGAUGCAAUUGCAGCAGCUGCAAUCCAUGCAAUCACCACAACACCAGAUGCCACAACAAGUUCCCUCACAAACUGCACAAUUGCAGCAGCAAAUGGGGAAUACACAAAUCCAGAUGCAACAAUUACAUUUGAAGCAUCAGCAACAAAUACAGAUACAUCUUCAGCAGCUUAACCAAGCAAAGCCACAAAAUCCACAGCAGCAACGUCCUCAACAAAUGCAACAACCAUCACAACUGCAAGCCCAGCAAUCUAAUCUUGUUCAACCACAACAGUUGAAGCAAAGUCAGAUGCUGCAACAAAAGCAAAUACAGCAGCUUCAGCCCCAUCAAAUUCAACAAGUUCAACAAAUUCUGCAUUUGAAGCAGCAGAUAAUGUUGCAGCCACCUGAGAAACAGUUGCAGUUGCAGCAACAACUACAAUUGCAGUUACAUCAGUUUCGGCAACAGGCACAAAUGCAUUUUGAAAACCCCCAAGCUCUAAAGAAAGAGCCACCAGAGCCCACUGCUAUAGAUUCUGGACCUGCGGAAACAUCUCAGCAACAAGGUCAGAACAGGUCCCCAAAUGAGCAUCUUAAGGGAUCAGAGUCAAGGAUUGAAUUUGUCGUGGCCAAAGCCAGUCCCAGUAACCAGUCCCCAAAUUCUGACCGUCAAAACCCAGAUUUGUCAUCCUCUAUAGCUGGUUCUACAAUCCCAGCUGGCUCUGGUGUCCAAUAUUCCCAUACACUUAAUGCAAAACAAACAGAACCUUUGAAUUCUCCUUUCUCUGCUGGGCAGUCUAAACAUGAGGAAGCAGCUAGUGAGAUUGGUAAGAAGUAUGAACCUACAGAGAAGACAGACUCUGGAUUAGAUAAAUCCUCUCCCAAAGAGGGCAAAAUGGCAGACCAUCACAUAGAACAAGAAAAUCAAAUGGACACCUCAUCUGCCCCAACAGCACAUGUAGAAAAUGGGAACAGGACUGGAUUGUCCAUGCCUCUUAAACAAGAGUUUAUUGAGGACGGAAUGUCCAGUAUUCAGGACAUCAAGAAUGAGGCAAAUGGCGACCUGGCAACUAUUGGGGCUAAAGCAGAAGCUGGUCACCUUCUUCUACAGAAACUGCUGCGUGCCAAGACUGUGCAGCUUGCUUCUCAGCGCUGUUCUGAUGGUCUCCACACAGAUAUAAAUGGCCAUAUUGACAACAAACUGAGCGUUCUUGAACAGAAAUUGCAGACUGUCCCUAGAAAUAAGGAGGAAAAUUCAUCGAAGAAAAAUUUACCAAAACCAAAAAGGACACAAAAGGCAAAUGAGAAAGUACAAAAUUCACGCAAAAAGAUUCGUCGCGAGGACAGUCUAAAAUCUCCAGAUGCCAUUGUGAAGCAGCUGAAGCAGGAACUAUCAUUGUUGCCGUUGGUUGAACCUUCAAUCACUGCUAAUUUCAGCCUGUUUUCACCAUUUGGGAGUGGUAGUCCCAUUAAUGGAAAAAGCCCCCUUAAAGGGUCUUUUGGCAGUGGUGCUUUGGAGAGCAUUCCUGACUAUUAUACACAGCUUCUCAGCAAGAACAAUCUCAGUAACCCUCCUACACCUCCUUCCUCACUGCCUCCUACGCCACCUCCCUCUGUUCAGCAGAAAAUGAUGAAUGGGGUGACCACAGCAGAGGAUCUGAAUGACUCCAAGAAAGAAGCUGAGAGCAGCUCAGAUGCAGAAGUUAAAAAAGUAGAACGUAGUUUGGACCUAUUGGCUGCCCUACCUACACCACCACACAACCAAAGCGAGGAUGUUCGAAUGGAGAGUGAUGAGGAGAGUGACUCUACUGACAGUAUUGUUCCAGCCUCCUCCCCAGAAAGUGUUGUUGGAGAGGACACACAGCGUUUCCCUUCUCUGUGCGAUGUCAAGGAAGAGCAAGAGGAGCGAGCUUUGUCUCCUGUCAUUCCACUAAUACCUCGUUGUGCCAUACCAGUGUUUCCAGAUGCAAAGCCAGUAGAUAUUUUGCCUGUUCCGUCGGAGCAUGCUGAAAAAGGACUUGUGAAUGCUGCAGGAACUGUGGCCUGGGAGAAAUCCAAAAGCAGUGAAGUCUCGGUCAUGCUCACAUUGUCCACAGCUGCUGCCAAGAACAUGAAUGGCGUAGUAGCUGCUGUAGCAGGUUUGCUUAGCAUCAAGCUUCCAAACUCUUAUGAGGUUUUAUUCCCAGACACUGGUCUCAAAAAUAGCAUCGACAUAAAACGUCCCGUAGAACCUUCCACAGAUGGUGUCGAUGGGGAGAAGGACAGGUCUCAAGUUGGAAAGUUGGAUAAUAACACUGACUGGCUGAAACAACUUGAUGCAGUCCUUCCUGGAUACACGCUAAAGAAUGAACUUGACAUUCUAACUCUUCUUGCCCAGGAGGAAAAAGUAGUUGAGAAGGCUGUGCUCCAUUCGUAUGUCAAUAAUGUUGCCAAUCUUGAUGUUCGCCAGCUUCCUGUGUUACCUGAAGAAAGCUCUCCUCCUCCUUCUCCAUUUGCCCCCUCACCAGCUAGUCCCGUGGAAGUUCCUGCUGCAGAACCUGAUCCACCUGCAGCUCCUAUUGCACCAUCCCCUCCACCUCCACCACCCCCGCCGCCACCACUGCCACCACCACCACCCCAGUCUCCUGAAAGAGAAGAAUCAGCUGAUUAUAACGCCAGAAUGAAGCAGCGUGUCCGCCCCUUGGAAGAUGACCUGGAAGAACCACGGCUACGAGUAAAAAAAUGGAAAGGUGUUCGCUGGAAGAGGCUGCAUAUACUUAUCACCUUUCAAAAAAUUGGAUCACGUCACUGUGAGAAAGAAGUUUGUGAGGUGAUUGAGAGAUUGGGGACAACUCUGAGGCCUGAUACAUUACCUCCAGACUUGCGUAAAUGCUGCUUCUGUCAUGAGGAAGGUGAUGGUGCAACUGAUGGACCAGCUCGACUUCUCAACUUGGACCUUGAUCUCUGGGUACAUCUUAAUUGUGCUUUGUGGUCAACGGAGGUGUAUGAGACACAAGGUGGUGCGCUAAUCAAUGUGGAGGUGGCAUUACAUCGAGGAUUGCUCACAAAGUGUUCUCUAUGCCAGAAAACAGGAGCCACAAAUAGCUGCAACCGUCUGCGUUGUCCCAAUGUCUAUCACUUUGCCUGUGCCAUCCGUGCCAAGUGUAUGUUCUUUAAAGACAAAACCAUGUUGUGCCCAAUGCACAAGCUCAAGGGACCGUGUGAGCAGGAACUGAGCUGCUUUACUGUCUUCCGAAGGGUGUAUAUAGAAAGAGAUGAAGUUAGUCAGAUUGCCAGUAUCAUACAACGAGGGGAACGCAUACAUUUGUUCAGGGUUGGGGGAUUGGUUUUCCAUGCCAUUGGCCAGCUGCUUCCCCAUCAAAUGCAAGACUUCCAUAGUGUGACUGCUCUCUACCCUGUGGGAUUUGAGGCCACACGUAUCUACUGGAGCAUGCGUCACAGUCACCGACGGUGCUCUUAUCGUUGCAGAGUAUGUGACAACAAUGGGCAGCCAGAAUUCAGUGUUCAAGUAAUUGAAUAUGGCUAUGAAGAUGUAAUUCUGACAGAUUCCUCCCCACAAGCGCUUUGGAAUCGGAUUGCAGAACCUGUUGCACGCAUGAGGAGAGAGACUGGAAUGCUACGCCUUUUUCCAGAGUAUCUUAAAGGAGAAGAGAUGUUUGGGCUAACUUUGCAUGCGGUGCUGCGCAUCGCUGAAUCUUUGCCGGGGGUGGAGAAUUGUCAGAAUUAUCUCUUCCGAUAUGGUAGACAUCCUUUAAUGGAGUUGCCUCUCAUGAUCAACCCAACUGGCUGUGCCAGGUCUGAGCCAAAGAUCAUGACCCACUACAAGCGGCCUCACACUCUGAACAGCACUAGUAUGUCCAAAGCCUACCAGAGCACCUUUACAGGGGAGACAAAUACACCCUAUAGCAAGCAAUUUGUGCACUCAAAGUCCUCCCAGUACCGUCGGCUGAAGACUGAGUGGAAGAACAAUGUAUAUCUAGCUCGUUCAAGAAUUCAGGGCUUGGGCUUGUAUGCAGCAAAGGACCUGGAGAAGCACACGAUGGUCAUAGAGUACAUCGGCACCAUCAUCCGGAAUGAAGUGGCCAAUCGUCGGGAAAAGAUCUACGAAGAGCAGAACCGGGGGAUAUACAUGUUUCGAAUAAAUAAUGAACAUGUGAUUGAUGCCACUUUGACCGGUGGGCCUGCCAGGUACAUUAACCAUUCCUGCGCCCCCAACUGUGUUGCUGAGGUAGUAACAUUCGACAAAGAGGACAAGAUUAUCAUUAUCUCCAGUCGUAGGAUCCCAAAAGGAGAGGAGCUCACAUAUGAUUACCAGUUUGACUUUGAGGAUGAUCAGCACAAGAUCCCAUGUCACUGUGGAGCGUGGAACUGCCGGAAAUGGAUGAACUGAACAGCACGGUGAAGUUCUGCUGUCUAACAAAAUCCAGAGCGUGCGCUCUUUUAGCAGAAACGUUGGGGAGAGAGCACAGGGCACUAACUUGUGUCCCUCACCACCCCAUCUGCUAUUUCAAGCCUUCGCCGAGAUGCAGGUCCCAGGCAGCUCUGCAUCUUACCCAAGUAAGGCUGGUGCAGCGAUGUCAGGAGAGCUUCAUUACCAGUCUGAAGACUUCACACAUGGUGAGAGUGAAGAACUGCUCGAAAACUACGCUGCGGAGAACAGCUGUUCACACUGAACAGCUGGAUGGAUUAAUGUGUAGCACCCAUUCCUUCCUGGAAGAAAAUAUGCUCUAUAUGAAGGAAGGGAACUUUUUUUUUUUUUUAAUGGAACUUUUAAAAGAGAAUUAUUAUUUUUUUUUUUCCUUUUAUUUUCUGGGUAUCAAAUUAUUUUGCUCUGACUUCUCAAAUAAGAGAAAAUGCAAAACAAAGCAAAAAAAAAAGAAAAAAAAAAAAAAGUAAAAAAAAGUCAUUAGUUAACAAAGCAGUUUGACAAUCCUAAAUCUACAGGACCCUCAGCGCGCCAGAGUGAGCACAUAAGACUGCAGAAAAAGAGCACAGAAGUUGCUUUAAGUGAGCGCCAGAGACAGUCCCAAUGACUGUUACCUGUCACAGCUACCCAGUCCCAGAGGCACCUGCCAGCACCUACCUCAUCUGCCUGUUGGAUACUAAUGUGUAUAUGUGACACUCCCAUGGCAAUCUAAAUUAGAUAGCACCUCAUAAACAAUGACACAGCUCGAUGAUGGGAGUCAUGAAAUGAAAAUUAUUGCCACCCAUCCCAAAGGGUUGGACUGCUUUUGAUCCCUUUCUGAAGCUUUGUGGCCUGUCUCUUGUCCUUAAAAAUAGGCUUUGAGCAGGCAGGAGUGCACUAAGAAACGUGUUUCUGCUGACUGCCUGUUUUUUGACCUGUCCUUUGGCAACUCGUUUCUUCCCCUAUUUUCUGUGCCUGGAGUCCUCACCCUUCUCUAUACAUGGAACAUGAGAUGUAAUUGAAAGACCUGCUGUGUAAUGGGGUAGAGGGAAAGGCAUUUACGGCAGGUGUGUGUGUAUGUAUGUCAGUAGGUGUGAGUGUGAGACUUUUUCCCUUGGUUUUAAUUUAACAGCUAUGCGUGCAUCUUGAUACUUUCCAGUUCUUUCUCUGCGAGCCCAAAAAUACGUGGGAAGUUAUGUUGGUAUAUAUUUUUGAAGAGGGUAACCUUUUUUAAGAAAGAGAAAAAAGUGGUUUUAGAAAUGUAUUGCUGUCUGCUCCAAACAUCCUUCUACAUUACCCUCACAUUCAUUAUUCUGAAGCUGCUGCUUUUAUCAAUUUUUAUUUUUUUUAUAUAUUUUUUUGUUUUGUUCCUUUUUUAAAAAAAAAAUAAAAAAAAAUUCUAGCACAGUGCUUGGGGUAGGAAUAGGUGAAGGGGAGUUAUUUAUUUGUACAUGUAAUUAUAUUUAUGUACUACAACCUUGUGUGAGGGAAAUACAGGGUCAUUUUCUGAGACUGGCAUGGUGUCCUAGGGCUUUAAUAAAUUAUACAUUUUACAUGCUUUGUGAACAAUAUUUGGCUCAUUGGUGCAGAAAGAGGCUGAGCGCAAUUAAAGUCCUAAAAUGCAGUUAGUUACUGAACUGAAUGGUUUUAAAAUGAGUAGGUCACAAUCCUUAUGGCUUCCAAGUUUUUAUUUUGUGGUCCCCACCUUCGCUCCUUCCCUCCAACUGUAUUAUAUUGCUGUAGAUGCAGAAAGCGCAUUCAUGUUUCACAAAUAUAAACUUUUUUCCGAACUUCACAAAUUUGGUGUCCCUUCUCCUAAAAAAAACACACCAAUUAUGUUUUGAAAAUAGACAAAGUACUGAUGGCAAAAUAGACCAAGGGCAUUUAAAGUCAAAGCUAGUGUGUAUAUGAGAGAGAGAGAUUACGUGCUGUUGCUUUUUAACACAAGCUGCUUCCACAACUGUUUAAAAGCUGCAAACCUGUAUAAAUAAAGGAACGGUGGAUGUAAAUAAAAAUGUAAGAAAAAUUAAAAACAUAAAAUAGUUAAGAGUAAAGAAUGUUGUGCAUAGUCAGGCACCAUUUUAGCAAGAAACCACUGGACACUAUGAAAAGCCUGAAAAUUUGGAAGAAAUAUACCUUUUCCUUAUCUUUAAUUUCCUGCUUUUCUUACAUUUAAUUUUAGGAGAGCAUCAGGCUCUUCUCUGGAAGCUGACAGAAAAGCCACGUCAGACCAUGAUAUUAGAUUAUCAUAGCUAUAAAUUACAUUAAUAUAGCUCCUAGGUAAACUCUAUACAUUUUUUUUUGUAUGAAAUAUAAUCCAGAUCCAUGCUUGAAAUACUUGAUUUCUUUUUUUUUGGCUUGUAAAACACUUUCAGUUGCUGUGUUUUGAUUUGAUUUUUUUUGUUUCCACUUGCAAAUAUUGUGUUCAUUAUAUUCACCCCCACACUUUUUUUUUUUUUAUUGACAAUAUUCCAUGAGGAGCUGUAAUUUGUGCGGUGAGGAUUCUGUACAGAAGACUUGUCCUUCGUAGAAAAAAAAAAAAUCCCAUAAAAUUAUUCCUUUUUUAAAAAAAUAAAUAAAUAAAACUUGUACGUGGCAUGUUUUUGUAUUGAAUAUAAUUUUGAAAUGUAUAUAAUUUAUGUGAAAGAAGCGAAUAAGGAGAGCCUAAUUGCUUCUUUUGGUUUGUUUUUAAAGGACAAAUAAAAUGCAUUUUAAAUAA